AUGACUGGUCUGCGGCCCUCCAGGUUCUUCUGGUCGCUUGUGGAGAGGCCCCCCGUCGCGGUCCCUGAGAUGCUCCAACGGGCCAGCCAGUUCAUCGCCGCAGAAACCUGGAUGGUGGGAAAGCGAGAAGAACACAGAAAGGUCAAGUCGGAACCGCCCCGACAGCAGCAACCCACCACCUCCCGGCGAAAGCUGGACAAGCUUGACCCCAGGCCCCCUCUUCCCGCCUUGAACUCUUCCCGGACGGAGAUAUUCCUACAUGAAAAGGGGAAGGGGCUGCUCAGGGACCCCCACCCCAUGAAGAACCCGCGAGAGCUCGCAGAUCGCUCAAAGUACUGCCGAUUUCAUCGACAGCACGGGCAUGACAUGGAACAGUGUUACGAGCUGAAAAGACAAAUCAAGGAGCUCAUCCUCAGAGGCCAUCUCGGCCAGUACCUCCGGCCGAGCAAAGAGCAGUCUCCUCGUCCGGAGGGCCCCGUUGAGCGACACAUCGAUGUCAUAGCCGGGGGCCCCGCAUCCGGAGGAAGCUCUAUGUCGGGCAGGAAGGCCUACGCCCGGGCCGCCCCCAACGAAGCCUCGGGACGUCAGCCUGAGCCCGAGAUCACCUUCCCAACCGGAGCCGCUGAGCGACCCCACCACGACGACGCCCUGGUAGUAUCGGCCAGAGUAGCCAACGCGCAAGUGAGAAGAAUCAUGGUCGACACGGGGAGCUCGGCCGACAUACUCUACUUUGGCGCCUUCCAGAAGCUGGCCCUAGCCAGGGAAGAUUUAAGCCCUAUGUGCUCAGUACUCACCGGCUUCACGGGAGAUUCGAUAUCACCUCUGGGGGCCAUUACCCUCCCUCUGACUCUGGGAACCCCGCCGAAAUCAAAGACGGUCAUGACCACCUUUCUGGUAGUCGACCUUCCCACCGCUUAUAAUGCCAUACUUGGCCGGCCAACCCUCAACAAGGUCAGAGCCGUCGUCUCGACCUACUACCGGACCGUCAAGUUCCCAACUCGGGAGGGGGUCGGGGAAGUCACCGGAAGCCCCCAAGAGUCCAGGCGCUGCUACCUUACCUCUGUCUCAUUGGGCAGAAGGGCCAGGGGAGAAUCACCUCUAGAAGAUCCCCGGGAGGCAAAGAAGUCAGCCCUCACCCUGGGCCGAGAGGAUCCACUGCUGACAUCCCCUUACGGGGAGCACGGCCGGAUCAAACGGUCAGGGUCGGCUCGGAGCUACCCGAGCGGGAACGGGAACAGCUCGUCGGCCUUCUGCGGGAGAACGCCGACAUCUUCGCCUGGUCCCCAUCGGACAUGA